GGUGGGGUGUUGAGGCAGUCACACGCAGCCUGUAGAAGGGCCCCUAGCGCCAGACAUUAGUACUGGUCUGCCUGAUUACACCUACUAUCGGAUCCACAGCUCGAACAUCAGUGUUGUCGAGGCAGAAACACGGUCAGGCGUAUGGACAGGCAACCGUAGCUCCGCAGAUCGCUCCCUAUGUAUCGGUGACUACACCGACGAGUCAUUUUUGGCACAUAUCUGGACUCUUCUGUACGCUCUGGUCUCUCACACCGCAGGGCCUCUUCAGUUAACAGAAAAAAGUGGGUGUUUGGUGGUGUUCCGGCAGCAGCGGCGGCGGCGAGCGCAGCGAAGUGUCUUCGAUGGCAGGCUGGAAGGACGGCUCGGUGCAGGAGAAGUAUCGGCUGGUUGUGGUCGGCGGCGGCGGAGUCGGGAAAUCAGCCCUGACUAUCCAGUUUAUUCAGUCGUACUUUGUCACCGACUAUGACCCCACGAUUGAAGACUCUUAUACCAAGCAGUGUGUGAUUGACGAAAGGGCGGCCAGACUUGACAUCCUCGACACGGCUGGACAGGAAGAGUUUGGAGCCAUGAGAGAACAAUACAUGAGGACAGGGGAGGGCUUCCUGCUCGUCUUCUCAGUCACUGACAGAGGAAGCUUUGAAGAAAUCUACAAAUUCCAAAGACAAAUUCUCCGAGUGAAAGACAGAGAUGAAUUCCCUAUGAUCCUUGUAGGAAAUAAAGCAGAUCUGGAACUACAGAGACAAGUAACCCAGGAAGAGGGCCAGCAGCUGGCCAGACAACUGAAGGUCACAUAUAUGGAGGCUUCAGCCAAAAUCCGUAUGAAUGUAGACCAGGCUUUCCACGAGCUGGUUAGAGUAAUCAGGAAAUUCCAAGAACAGGAAUGUCCACCGUCGCCAGAACCUACAAGAAAAGAGAAAGACAAGAGUGGCUGCCAUUGUGUGAUCGUCUGAGUCGGCCUUAUCACUGUAACUCAUGCAGCUACUCUCUACCACCCCACCCACUCUGCCUGACAUCACAUCCAAAGUGGAUGACUGACCGCUGCCUUCUCCACGUGCAUGACUUCAGACAGCCUUUUCUGAAAUACUUUGACCAGGAACUGCUGUCCCCAGGACAUCACUAUGGACAACUGACAAUGCCAAAUUUUAACACCACUCUACCUUCAGCCCUAAUCUAAUUCACAUGAGAGAGUCCCAACACUAAACAUUGCCUUCUAAAUCAGCCUGACAAAUUAAUGUUUUGUACUCUGAAGGACUUCUCUUGCCUUGUAGUGACAUUUGUACUUGCUACCGAGAUUGAAUGAAAACUAUAUAUCCAGAAUGUUAAUGAGUUUCUUCAGUUUUCUGUGUCUGACCAGAGCAGAGAUUAUCUUAUGAAGCUUUGUGUAUGUUGUGCCAUAUCCAACUUUGCUCCCAUGUGCUAAUCUGCUACUGUACAUAUGUGACAUUUGUUGUGAUUUUCAAAGUGUACUUUUAAUGAUCUAUUAAAUCACCACAGUGCAGUGUGUGAGGUUGAGUUUGGUUUUACGUAUAUGAAAAUGAAUAUAUAAGUAUGUAUAUAAAUAUAAAGCCUAGACAGCCCUUAAAGCUACAAUGAUAGAACUUUCUGGCAUUCUGCAGUGGAUUUUUCUUCUUUGCCUGUGGUUUCUGCUUUCAUCUCAAUUUCCAAAUAUGGAGUGUCUACUGUAUUAGAUUUUUUUUAAAGUCUUAUAGAUUGAACCAUUCUUAUCAUAUGCCAUCUCCUCAAUGUACCGAAAGUAGCAAAUUUGUCUGAAAUCUUUUCCUCGAGGGUGGUGGUUCAGUCAAAAUUGGACAUCAUACAUUGUUCAGAUUUCUCAGAAGCGGUAGAUGAUUUUAUUGGUAGCACAUUGUGUAUCUUUGACAACUAACAUCAUUUCAGAUAAAGCACUGAACACUGUAUGUUCUAUAUUCAACUUUUGACAAGUAAUGUUAUCAAAUCCAUUUGUUGCAAAUCAAGAAGCUUUCACAGCCCCGUUCAGUUCAGAUCAUUCCAAUGUAAUGCAUCUUUUCUGUCAAACAUUUAGUCUACGAUAUAGAUCAAAUCAAAAACUGUUAUAUCAUUCCAAUAACACAGUGGCAAUGUAUUUGUUUUGUGUCCUUGAAUUAUUCUCUUCAAUUUACUUUUUUACCCCCUAAUGAUUUAUCAGUUGGAAAACCAGGACAAGUGGAAGCAUUGAGCUGCACAUCGUAAAAUAGCCGUUUUCCAACGGGACAUGAACUCACCGGACCUGCCACCUGUGGAGCCCUUUCCACUUCUGUACUUCUGUUCGGGCAUAUAAAUGAAGUACUGCAGUUUGUUUUUCAUGUCAUCUUGUAAUAUAAACAAGAAAAUCUGAUGAUGGAGCUAAUGGACUUGAUUAAAUGUUUCUACUCUACUUUUAUACAUUAUUUUCUUAUCAAACUAGUUGACAAGUAUUUUUAUAUGUUUAUAAGUGAAUACACAUUCACAGCAUAGCUGUGUAUAUAUGUAAAGAGGAAUAUUUAAUUCUCUUGAGUAUUUUAAACUGAAGAUGACUGUUGGCCCAAAUUUACAAAAUUGGAAUCUUCACCCAGAUGUGACCAGAAUGUUAUUUCUUAUUGUGGCUUCGUAAUGGAGAAUAUAUUUAUCUUUGAGGUGUUCACCACCAGCUCAGAGCGUAAAAUUCCAGGUCAGGUGGGAGAGGUGAUUCUGGUCUUUAGGAGCUUAAAACUACAUGAAGGAAUAAUUAUAAUCAGUGAGAUUUUAAAUACCCACUUCCCAUCUUAUUGGAAAUCCUAGUGUACAUCCAAAUCAUACUGUUUCUUUCUUUUUCUUCCAUAUCGGUGUCUUUUGCCCUGUGUCUAGCUUUUGGUGCAAAAAUAAAAAUCUGUCAUUGAGCCA